AUGAAUAUCUUGGCGUGCGUCUUCACUUUUGUCUUGGUCCUCACGCCAUCCCCUGAAUAUCCAACACCUGCAGAUUCAGUGCCAUCGACCCGACACGGUCGCAUCCUCGACGGCUCUGUCUCCACCCCGAACCUUUCCGCCACAUCACACAGCAAGCAGCCUUCGCAACAGAGCACAAAAUCAACGCCACCAGUAUCAGGUGUCGAUCGCUGGCUAUCCCCCGAGACAUGGUGUGACGCGUUAUUCUUUCCACGUCCGUGCCUGAGGUCUGAGCGCGCACAUGGGCAAUACGGAGGAAGUAGCGGACGAAUCAUCAGUCCACCAAUCACACCUGUCGCUGAGGGUGCAUCACCGCGCCUCAGUCCUGCUAUACGUGGCGGGAGACCACAAGUGUUGUCAGCUACACAUGAUGUACGGAAGGAACACCAUGUUUUGUUGAAAUCCAGGUCGGCCGUUGAUAUCCUGUCUGGCCCCUCUAUAUCUGGCAGACCUCGUACUGCGUCUACGCCUCAACAACGCCCAGAUCCAGAUCCAGACCCAGUUCGGAACACAAGCCCCAAGGAAGAUGAAUCUGUACCGGGCCCAUCGACUGUGCAACAGGAACUCCGUCCGUCAGCCUCUGUGCCAUCGUUGACCCAAGUUCUUGAAGAAGGCGAGGUUCUAGAAGCACAACGAAAACGGUGGCAACACCAGGCGUCGCAUUCUUUUGGGAACAGCCGAACCCGCUCCCUCUCCCGCGCUCGUGCCAGGUCAUUGUCACGAAGUCAUAGUCGUCCUGGGCACAAGCAAGAGGGCAGCACGACCCUAGAAUAUCUGGCUGCAUGCACGCUCCUAGGAGCUCAGAGCAUUGCUCCCGCCGUCAACGCUGCACGUUCUUCGCACUCCCGAUCUCAUUCCCAUUCUCAUUCCCAAACUCAUUCAAAUUCUCGCGGGCGCUCUAGUUCGUACUCAUUCACGGGCUCACAAUCUCACUCCCUUGCUACCUCCAUCAUCUCCACUUUUUCACCAAGAAGGCUGGCGCUCCCUUCAAACGGUCAUUUUCACCCGCCACCUCCAGCGUGUCCACGGCUAGAACGACAACGGAAACUUGCAGAGGUGCUGCGCACACAUGCUGAAGCGGAGGAUCGGGGAGAGGAUGUGGAGCGGCAGAAGAAUUGGGAAUGGACGAUAGAAGAGAACGAGGCGAGGAAGGCACGGAGAGCGGACUAUGAGUUUCAUGGUAGGGGAUUUUGUAGACGAUGCUCACGCGGCUCGACGGCGCUACAAGAACUCUCCGCUACCGCCUUCCCGACCAAGCAUCUUCAACACCCAACGCCGCCACCUCGAUCUCCACGGGACCCGCGCCCUUUUGCAGCGUUUCUUCGUCACGGAUGGCUCGCGUAG